GUCGGACGCACUUUCAGUUCGAACCAGUCGAAUGGUGGCCGGUGUCGAGGUGUCGUCGCUUCCUGGGGUAUACCGCACAGACGAUUCGCGACCGCGACCGGACAACGUGCGACGCACCGAAUCAAAACACUCUCCGGCGACGUUCCGUGUGCCUUUUUUUCCCCGUCGCUCCGGCUGAGUUAAAAAAAAAAUUAUCGUCCCGUUAGCCGCUCGGCCGUGUCGUGGUUUUCGGGGAGUACCGGACCAGGAAAUUCGAAAAUGCGAGAUUGAAUGGUCCGAGGAAAAAAAGGGAGCAUGUGAAUUGAGAGGGGCCCAAGGGCCCCCCGGUGGCCCGCGGCACAU